GGCUCCCGGCGCCCAGCAGCCAGGGGCGGGCCGCCUCCUGCCGCUGCGCCUGGAGAGGCCGCGAGGGCGGAACGUUGGUGUGCGGAACGCCGGUGCCGGCUGCUGGAGCCGCUCGGAGCUUUUGGCGAGUGCUCGGGGGCGGUGCCGGGCAGCUGCACGUGAGGGCGAUGGCGGCCACGGCUGGGCUGGAGAGGUGCCUCCGCGUGGCGGGUGCUGCUGCGGCGCGGCCUGAACGCUUCCUCAGUGUGCAGGAUGAGCUGGCUGCUGACUUCAGAACGUUAACAAAGACUCUUUAUGAUUUAAAUAAAGCUCUUGGAAGCAGUGUAGUUCGUGGAAGUCCUCUCAAAGAGCUGGUGAUAGAGAACUUUGAUGAAGAACAGAUCUGGCAACAACUAGAGCUCCAGAAUAAUGCAGUCCUUGAUGUCUUCAAGAAAUCUGUUGCACAGUGUACCAAUGAUAAAGACCUUUGCCUGAUCUCUGACCAGGAAGAUGACGGCUCUGAUGCAGAAGCCAGCAGUGAUAGUGAAGUGGAAGACAUGCUAGAAGCAGAAACUGAACAGGAGAAUGUCUAUACAGAACAUAAAACUGAAGUUAAAGAGAAGAAAAGUAAACCCAGAGAAAGCGUAAUAGAGAAAUACAGUGAUGAUGAUUCUGAUGUUGACUUUGAUAUUGAAGCACUAGAGCAAGAAACUAAAACAGCCAAGAAAACAGCGGUGAGAAAAACAGGAAGAACGUCUAUAGUGGAUGACAGAUUCUUCAAGCUGGCUGAGAUGGAAGCUUUUCUAGAACAUGUGGAGAAGGAAAAUGGGGAGAGGGAGGAGGAGGAUGAUGAUGAUAUCGACUAUUUUGAAGACAUUAUCUCCGAUGAUGAGGAAGAAGAGUUUGAAGAAACUAAAGUCAAACCACUUAAAAGUUCUAGAGAUCUAACAUACAAAGACUUCUUUGAUCCUGUUGAUGACAAUGAUGACUUAGCUAAUGAUGCUGAAGACUAUGAGAAUGAAGAAGCCGAUAGUGCUGUUGAAAAGGAGAAUGAAGAAAGCAUGUCUGAGGCUGAGGAUAUUAAUGAAGCAAUCAUGGAAAAUAUGAGAAAUAAAAAAGUUUCUUUUAGUUUGCCAGAUGACAGUGAAACAGAAGAUGUUACUGAUGUGCAAUUAGAGAGGGGUAUUGAUCUCAGUGAGGUUAAGUCGUCUUUUGAGAAGAGACAGGAAAAGAUGAGUGAAAAAAUAAAAAGUUUAGAAGAAGAGUUGUUGGAGGAGAAACCUUGGCAGCUUAAAGGGGAAGUGAGUGGACAUAAGAGACCUGAAAAUAGCCUUUUGGAGGAAACAGUACUCUUUGAUCAUGCAGUCCGAAUGGCUCCUGUGAUCACAGAAGAAACUACUUUUCAACUUGAAGAUAUCAUCAAGCAGAGAAUAUUGGAUGAGGCGUGGGAUGAUGUAGUUCCAAAAGAAAAACCAAAAGAGGAUGCCUUUGAAUACAAGAAACGUAUUACUUUGGAUCAUGAAAAGAGUAAAUUGAGUCUGGCUGAGAUCUAUGAGCAAGAAUACUUGAAACUUCACCAGCAAAAAACAGAAGAAGAAGAAAAUCCUGAGCACAAAGAAAUUCAGGAGAUGAUGGAUUCACUGUUCCUAAAACUGGAUGCGCUUUGUAAUUUCCACUUCACGCCCAAACCACCUGUGCCAGAAGUUAAAAUAGUGUCAAACCUGCCAGCUAUAAGCAUGGAAGAAGUAGCACCUGUUGCUGUUAGCGAUGCUGCUCUCUUAGCACCAGAGGAGAUCAAGGAAAAGAACAAAGCAGGUGAUGUAAAAACAGAUGCAGAAAAGACUCCCACGGACAAAAAACGAGAGCGGAGAAAGAAGAAGCUUCGUAAACGUAUAAAGCUCAGGGAAAAGGAAAAACGGCAAAAACUUCUUGAAAAGAUGAAACCAGAACAAAACAUGAAGCUCAGCAAAAAAGCUGCUGCAGCAAAAUUGAAAAAGCUUACAAAAGAAGGCAAAGCAUCGCUACUCAAGGAUGAAGGAAAAGAUAAGGCCGUGAAGUCAUCCCAAGCCUUCUUCUCCCAAUUACAAGAUCAAGUGAGAAUGCAAAUCAAAGAUGCAAACAAAUUGAAGAAGAAACAAAAAAAGCAGAAAGACGUCUCUGUCCAUAAGCUUAAAUUAUAAUUGACUUUUUUAUAUGUACUAGGUCUGUAUAUAUCAGUACAUACAGAAACAGCGUUUGUAUUUUAAUGCUGAAUUGGAAUGGUUAUUAGUCUUUGUACAUCAUUAAAAUGUUCUGGGAAGGCCUAAACUGUGAUAAAGACAUGUUCCUCUAUUUUUUUUUUUUUUUUUU